AUGCUCGGCCAGCCGAUCCUACGCGCACUCCGCGCCUCUGGUUCUCCCCUCUGCGCUUCGUCGCCUGCGCGCGCCACUCCGUUGACCAUCUCCGCCGCACCGUUCACAAGCACCUUUCCCUCUUCACCACUCUCCCGAUCCAGUCCACGAUGGGCAUCUAAUGUCUCCUCUCGGAGAGUACCGUCCAUAAUCCGACAACAAGCUUAUCGCCCUUCCUCCACGCCCCUCUUUACCCAGAACUUCCCCAGCAAUCGACGACCUUUCUCCUCAGGCCCACGAUUCCAAUACCAGAAGAAUGACCAAUACAAUCGAUUCGGUGGCUCGGGACGUCGGCAGACGGUGAUGUUUCGCCUUAUGCAGGAUGCGAAACCGCACCAUUUUGUGAUAAUCGGUGUAGUGCUAUCAGGGCUAUACCUGUACAAUACCGAGGAGGUGGAGAUGACGGGUCGGCGACGCUUCAACUGUGUCUCCCACCAGCGGGAACUGCAAAUGGGCGACCAGAGCUAUCGCGAGGUUCUGAAUGCCGAGCGAGGGAAGGUCUUGCCUGAGAAUCACCCGCUCACACGCAUGGUGAAUCGCGUUCUGCAGCGACUGAUUCCAUUGGCGCCCCUUGAGGGUGCGGAUUGGAAAGUCCACGUCAUUAAGGAUGAUGGAAUGGUCAACGCAUUUGUGCUGCCGGGGGGAAAGGUUUUUGUAUACACAGGAAUUUUGCCCAUCUGCGAGGAUGAGGACGGCCUGGCUGCUGUGUUGGGCCACGAGAUUGCCCAUGUUGUGGCCCACCACCCGGCCGAACGGAUGAGCAAUAGCUUCCUCACUAUCGGGGCUGUUUUUCUCGUCUCAUUUCUGUUUGACGUUUCGGGACAGCUGCCUUCGAUGCUGCUGAAUCUCAUGUAUAGCCUCCCGAACUCGCGUACGCAGGAGGCUGAAGCAGACAACAUGGGACUCAUGAUGAUGUCGAAGGCUUGUUUUAAUCCCCAAGCUGCCGUGACACUCUGGUCCCGAAUGCAGAAGAUGGAAAAAGGGGCUCCACCGCAAUUUAUGUCGACUCAUCCAUCGAGCUACAACCGGAUGGAAGCUAUCCAAGGAUGGCUUCUCAAGGCCGAGGCAAUCUACGACGACAGUGGAUGCAAUGCUGUUGGGCGCUUCAUGCCGGGUUUCCGAGACGCAAAACGACCGGUUAAUAUGUCGUUAUCUCUCCCUGGGCCGUCCCAGGCCGGCCUAUUCAAGGCCGGAUACCAGAGCCACGAUGCCGAAGAUGGAGCCGUCAUCCGCAACAUCGAGGCCUGCCAGGCUAUCUCGCAGACCGUCCAGACCUCCCUGGGGCCCUAUGGCCGCAACAAGAUCGUCAUCAACCACCUGCAGAAGAUGAUCCUGACCUCCGAUGCGGCCACGAUCCUGCGCGAACUCGAUGUCGUGCACCCAGCCGCGAAGCUCUUGGUCAUGGCUAGUCAGCAGCAGGAUGCCGAGAUGGGUGACGGGACGAACUUGGUCAUCGUCUUGGCUGGUGAGCUGUUGAAGAAGGCGGAGGAAUUGAUCCGCAUGGGUCUGAAGACGAGUGAUAUUGUCUCGGGCUAUGAGAAGGCUCAAAACUACGCAUUGAAGGUUCUGGAAGAUCUCGAGGUCGAUCGGCUCAAGGAGCUGCGGUCGCUGACGGAACUCAGCAAGGCGCUGCGGACAGUUGUGGCUAGCAAGCAAUCCGGCACCGAGGAUAUUCUGGCUGGAUUAGUGGCCGAGGCGGUGCUCGCGGUGCUGCCCAAGAACCCCCUCAACUUCAACGUGGAUAAUGUGCGGGUCGUCAAGAUUAUGGGCGGCAGCUUGGAACAGUCCCGGGUGGUGAGAGGUAUGGUGUUUGGACGGGAGCCAGAUGGAAUCGUCAAGUCGGCCCGCAAGGCCAAGGUCGGCGUUUUCAGCUGCCCGAUCGACAUCGGCCAGACCGAGACCAAGGGCACGGUGCUCUUGAAGAACGCACAGGAGAUGGUGGACUACACCAAGGGCGAGGAGGAGCGCCUGGAGACGGCCAUCAAGGAGCUCUACGAUUCCGGCCUUCGGGUUGUCGUGGCUGGUUCUUCAGUCGGCGACCUGGCCCUGCACUACCUCAACAAGUUUAACAUCCUGGUGAUCAAGAUUCUGUCCAAGUUUGAGCUCCGCCGCUUGUGCCGGGUGGUGGGUGCUACCCCGCUCGCCCGUCUUGGUGCACCCAUGCCCGACGAGAUGGGCACCGUUGAUGUUGUUGAGACGACCGAGAUUGGUGGUGACCGAGUCACCGUCUUCCGCCAAGAGGAGGCCAACACCGUGACGCGCACAGCCACCAUUGUGCUGCGCGGUGCCACCCAGAACCACCUGGACGACGUUGAGCGUGCCAUUGACGACGGCGUGAACGUCGUCAAGGCCAUCACCAAGGACCCGCGCCUGGUCCCCGGAGCCGGCGCCACGGAAAUCCAGCUGGUGGACCGGAUCUCCAACUUUGCCGACAAGACUCCCGGUCUGCCGCAGUACGCCAUCCGCAAGUAUGCCGAGGCCUUCGAGGUUAUCCCGCGCACGCUUGCCGAAUCCGCCGGCCUUGACGCCACGGAGGUUCUCUCCCGCCUGUACACCGCACACCACCGUUCUGAACCGGCCGGUCAGUCCUCUUCAGAAGAGGAGGACGAUGGCAGCUCCUCGGACGAGGAGCCCUACUGGACCACCGGCGUCGACCUCGAGAUUGGCUCCUCUUCCGGUACUCUGGAUGCAGUUGAGGAGGGAAUCCUGGAUCUCAUGGCCUCCAAGAGCUGGGCAAUCCGUCUGGCUAGCGAGUCUGCCCGGACUGUGCUCAGCGUGGAUCAGAUUAUUGUUGCUCGGCAGGCUGGGGGCCCAAAACCGCCCGGCCCGAACGCCAACUGGGAUGAGGAUUAA